AUGUGUGUGUGUGUGUGUGUGUGUUUGUGUGUGUGUGUGUGUGUGUGUGUGUGUGUGUGUGUGUGUGUGUGUGUGUGUGUGUGAGUGUGAGAGAGAGAGACAGAGAAAGUCAGUGACUCGUUGUCCAGAGGUUAAGGCGCGCGCAGCGGCAGGAUGAAAGCAACGGAACUUUAGAAGUAGAGAAUGGGGUGUGCACAGUGUAAGGAUAAGGAGGAGGCAGAUGUAGCAGAAGGUGGUGGUUCUACUGCAUUCCAGAGUGGACUCAGUCACGUUGAUUCUGCUCAUCAUCUAAGUCCCGCCUUCGGAGCAGCGUCCAUCCCAAACUACAACAACUUCACAACAUCAGGAUCGUCACACUCUGUGUUCGGGGGAGCCAACAUACACACACAAACACACACCGGAGUCCUACACGCACAACGAGCUGCAGGUGUCACACUGUUUGUGGCUCUGUAUGAUUACGAGGCUCGAGCUGAAGAUGAUCUGAGUUUUAGCAAAGGAGAGAAGUUUCAGAUCAUUAACAGCACUGAGGGUGAUUGGUGGGAAGCACGAUCUAUCUCUACAGGAAGGAGCGGUUAUAUUCCCAGUAAUUAUGUUGCUCCAGUCGACUCUAUCCAGGCUGAGGACUGGUAUUUUGGUAAAUUAGGGCGGAAGGAUGCAGAGAGGCAGCUCCUUUCUACAGGAAACCAAAGAGGCUCAUACCUUAUCCGGGAGAGUGAGACCACAAAAGGUGCGUUCUCCCUGUCUAUCCGAGACUGGGAUGAGGUUAAACGUGAACAUGUAAAGCACUAUAAGAUCCGUAAGCUGGACAGUGGAGGUUAUUACAUCACCACACGCUCACAGUUCCAAACUCUACAGCAACUCGUCCAGCAUUAUUCAGAGCGUGCGGCAGGUUUGUGUUUCCGAUUGGUUGCCUCGUGUCACAAAGGGAUGCCCCGCCUCACUGACCUGUCUAUGAAAACAAAAGACGUGUGGGAGAUCUUGCGUGAAUCCCUGCAGCUCGUAAAGCGAUUGGGCAACGGCCAGUUCGGGGAGGUCUGGAUGGGAACAUGGAAUGGAAACACCAAGGUAGCAGUAAAGACACUGAAGUCAGGUACCAUGUCCCCCGAAUCAUUUCUGGAAGAAGCUCGGAUCAUGAAGAAUCUGCGUCAUGAUAAACUGGUGCAGCUCUACGCCGUGGUUUCUGACGAGCCCAUUUACAUCGUCACCGAGUACAUGAGCAAAGGAAGUCUGCUGGAGUUCCUGAAGGGUGGAGAAGGUCCAACUCUAAAGUUACCCAAUCUUGUGGAUAUGGCUGCCCAGGUAGCUGCAGGAAUGGCCUACAUUGAGAGAAUGAACUACAUCCACAGAGACCUGCGAGCUGCCAACAUCCUGGUGGGAGAAAAUCUGGUGUGUAAAAUAGCAGACUUCGGUCUCGCCAGACUCAUCGAGGACAAUGAGUACACCGCUCGCCAAGGUGCCAAGUUCCCCAUUAAGUGGACGGCUCCUGAGGCGGCCCUUUACGGAAAGUUCACCAUUAAAUCUGACGUGUGGUCCUUCGGCAUCCUGCUCACAGAACUGGUAACGAAGGGACGAGUUCCAUAUCCAGGGAUGAACAACAGGGAGGUGUUGGAGCAGGUGGAUCGCGGUUACCGUAUGCAGAGUCCUAUGGACUGUCCUGCAUCUCUGUACGAGCUCAUGCUGCAGUGCUGGAAGCAGAACGCAGAAGAACGUCACACCUUUGAGUACCUGCAGGCUUUCCUCGAGGAUUACUUCACGGCCACCGAGCCGCAAUACCAACCUGGGGACAACUUAUGAUCCUGAUCCAGUGCCCCUGGCAGUCUGUGGGCAGAGUCACUACUUUCUUUAUACCUGCGUUUAUCUCCAGCACAGAAGAAGCUCCACACUGAAGGUUUUGGCCUAGACGCAGAUCUGAAGGAGGAGGGCAGGGGGGCGGGGGCGGGUGGGGGAGUGAGUGAAGGGAAUUGGGGGUAAUUUUAGAAUUUUUGUCUCUUAAACCGGAUGGAAGGAUUUUUUAACCAUGUUGUUAUUAGUGAACAGAAUUGUGGGUAAUAAUGUGAUUAAGGUGGUUUCUGAGCACACACUCUAUCACCUGCUUUGUGAGAGGAAUUAUGGGAAAUGUGUGCUCAAGUAGAUAGGGAGAAGAAAGGGGAUUGUGGGUAACUGAGGGGAUUAUUUAUAGAAAGAUAAAAUGCACAAUAAGAACAAUACCUAAAACUUCGGCUUUUCUGCAGUCGCUGCUGGCGGCUUUAUUUCUUCUAUUUUUAAAGGUGGGGUCUCCAAAAGCCAAUGUCGUCAUAUAAAAUCACCAAAACAAACA